AUGACCGUCGCCGCCCUCCCUCCCGCGCGAGACCUCUCGCACCACCUCAACGAUAUCGCCAAGAACCGCUUCCCCUCGCCCCUCAAGGACAUCUUCAACUACAUGGACCGCCCCGGCAUGAUUAGCAUGGCGGGCGGUCUUCCUCACCCCUCCCUCUUCCCCUUCAACGAGCUCGCACUCCAAGUCUACCCUCCCUCGACCGACCUGAGCGAAGGCGUCCCUCCCCUCGGCGAACAGACGUCCCUCACGAUCCCCAAGUACCCCUCCGCCAAAACCGACACUUCCCUCACGUCUAUCCUCCAGUACGGCGACUGCAGCGGCAACCCCGCUCUCCGCGCAUUCCUCCACCAGUUCACGCUCGACCUGUACCAGCCCGCCUACUCCGACUUCCAGAUCCUCCUCCACGAGGGCAACACCUCUGGCUGGACCAAGGUCGUCCGUUUGCUACUCGAGCCAAAUGACUGGGUGCUCUGCGAAGAAUUCACCUUCCCCUCGUCGAUGAGCGUCUGGGUACCCAUGGGAUGCAAGGCGGUGCCCAUCAAGAUGGACGGCGAGGGAAUGCGGGCGGACCACCUCGAGGAGGUGCUGGCGAGCUGGGAGACGACGCACCCGGGUACACGACGACCGCACGUCAUGUACAUUGUGCCCGUCGGCCAGAACCCGAGCGGCUCGACGAUGCCUGCCGGGCGACGAAAGGAGAUCUACGACCUCUGCGUCAAAUAUGACAUCAUCAUCUGCGAAGACGACCCUUACACGACCCUCCAGUACCCUCCCUUCGAGAUUUCCGACACUCCCUCGCCCGUUACGCCUAAGAGCGGCGCAGACUUUGCCGCCUCGCUCGUCCCCUCGUUCCUCAAGUUCGACUACGAAGGGCGCGUCAUCCGCCUCGAGUCGUUCAGCAAGACAAUUGCGCCGGGCAACCGAUUGGGCUACUUCGUCGCCAACCCGCUGUUCACGGAGCGCCUCUUGCGAGCGACCGAGGUCGAGUCGCAGACACCGUCGGGCUGGUCGCAGGGAAUCAUCCUCCAGCUCCUCACGACCUGGGGACAAGCGGGCUACUUGACCUGGCUCUCUCGCCUGCGCGACACCUACCAGACUCGCCGCGACACGAUGUGCGCCAACCUCGCCAAGGUCUUCAAGGCUCUCCCCGCUGCGACGUACGCCUCGGACGUCCCAGGCGCAGAAGGGAUUGCUCUCUACCCUUCCUCGACCGACUCCGCUCAAAUCAAGCCCGACCAACUGCCCGUCGCGAGCUUCACCGCACCAGUUGGCGGGAUGUUCCUUUGGAUCAAGUUCUAUCUCAAGGGCGCGCCGCGGUACGGCGAACUCGUCGCGCAGGGCGUCGAAGAUCCCGAGAAGUCUUUCAUGGACGAGUUCUGGACCGCGCUCGCCGACAACCUCGUCCUCCUCACCCCCGGCUCGUACUACACUCCCUGGGAAGGCGCGCACAAGCUCAGUACCUCCGCGCGCGGCGCAGAACGCGACGUCGGCUACAUGCGGUUCGCGUUCUCGUACAACUCGUCGGACGAGAUGGAGGAGGGGAUUAGGAGGGUCGAGCAGGUGGUCAAGAAGUUGUGGGCGUACUAA